AAUGGCGGCGUUACUUCAAUUUUAGUUAUUAACUCGUAUUUCUUGCCGUUUUCCUGCGCUCAAACGAUUUAUUUUCUCCUAUCAACACCCUCUUUGACCGUAGUUUUGUGUCAGCUUUACGGUGACUUUCGUUGAAUUGACAGAUCAUUCGAACGUGACAAGUAUUCGGACGUCAUAACCUAACAAAUCUCGUUCCGCGUUUGUGUUUAAUUAGUGAUUGAAAAGGAUGGCAAUGAACGAGGACUUCAAUUUUGCAGAAUUGUGCAGACUUUGUUCGUUGAAGAGUAAUCAUCAGCUUCAGAUUUUCGACAAGGAAGGUGAACAAAGGCAGCUACUUUUUAAAAUACGUUCCUGCAUUCCUGCUGUGAUAACGAAAGAGGAUGCAUUGCCGAAAAAUAUCUGCCAGAGAUGCGUCUAUAAAUUGGAUAUGUUUUACGAAUUUCGAGUUAGCUGUAUGACGACUGACACGGUGUUAAAAAAUUAUGCAGAUAGUUUGAAGCAUCUCGCUGCAUCAGUGAAUCAGGUGACGGACAAAGACAAGAUGUCUAAUGGUAGCCAGCAGCAGCAGCAACAGCAGCGAUCGGCCUACGUGGAGGCGCACGCGGUGGCUCAUGCCGCAGUACAGCAACACAUGGCACAACAAGCUGCACAAGCGAGACUAGCCGGACCUGGACCACCUGCGACGCCUCAAACACCUAACCCAACGUUCACCCUUCCCGAUGACGGUUUAGGCUACGAUGAUGGGGUACGGGUGCUUCGUUCCAUCGGGACCUGGUCUCCAGAUUACUCGGCAGCAAUGCGGCCCGGUGGAGUGAUGCCUCCUUUCCCCGGUGCGAUGGAUCAACAGUUUGGGAGCAGGGCUCCGACAGUGAACCAGCCAUUAAGGACAACAAACAAUGUAACUUCACGCCCAGGAUUCGCGUCAAAGGCUACCAAUACAGGUGAACCAGCGAUAAAGGCGUUCGCUUGCACAGUCUGUGGUAAAGGCUUAGCCCGUAAAGACAAACUCGUCAUCCAUAUGCGUAUUCACACUGGAGAGAAGCCAUAUUCCUGUGAAGUUUGUGGAAAGGCGUUUGCACGUAGAGACAAGCUGGUUAUUCAUAUGAAUAAGCUCAGACAUAGACCUGGAGUAGCGCCUCUCUCUACCCCCACGGCUCCCAAUUCGGAUCAACAACAGCAGCAGCAACAGCAGCAACAAACUCAACAACAGCAGCAGCAGCAGCAACAACCACCACAGCAACCACAGACACGUCAGGAUACUAUACAUAAGUUGAAGGAGGAACCUGUUAGUUGGGCAUGUGAAUUAUGCGGUAGAGCAUUGGCUACGAGGGAGGAAUGGAUGCAGCAUGCUAGAUCUCAUUUAGAAGCAUCUGCUCCGCCACAGCACGCAGCGCCAUAUUUUCCAGGAUCCGCGCCUCCGCCGCAACCGUACGCAUCCGAAAGGCACUUCUGCCUGAUGUGUCGUACAGAUUUUACAGAUAAGGCUGAAUUUAUGUUCCACGUACGUUCCCAUUUCGAACCUCACGCGCAGCAAACGCCGCCUCAACAUUCAAGUGGCAAACAAGCCGGCGAUCCAGCGACCGCGGAGUUGAUCGCACGCGGUCUGGUCGAUCCUUCGGGAUUAUGCAGCUAGAAUUAUCCUUCCUGUAAUUACACGCCAUCGAUUCGUGUCUUACCAUAGUACAAGUUCACUACUCCAUUUUGACCAGGACUUUUACAUAGGAUGUCAUGCAUAUUGUGAUUGUAAUGAAUAUACUGAUUUAUUAGCAAGAGGUGCACAGUAGUAUGUUCAUGUACAGAUAUAAAUACACUCAAUUCCGGUGCUUCUUUUGUAUUUUCAGGGAUAUUUAAACAUCGUUAACAUAUUUUCUACCAGCGCCCAAUUGGACGUUCAAUUUGAUCAUCGUUGAAUACCAAUUUAUUUAAAAAAAAUAAUUUAAUAUAAUUUUUAACUGUAUACCUCAUUAAUGUAUUAUAUUAUAUUUUUAGCUAAUAUGACAAAGUUUGAUUUUUAUCUGUUUUAAAGUAUGAGAAAUCGCUGGUGGCGAAUGUGUCAAUUAAUUGUUUCAAUAUUGCACUUCUGUAUGUAGUCAUUCGAUCGGUGGUAAUAAGUCAAUAGUUACAAAGUGCUCGCAUAAUUUCUGGCAAGAAAGAGGAAUAGUAUUUUUCACUCAACGCAACAUAUCACAUAACUGAAAAAUGUAUAGAACUUGAAUGAUCAUAAAAAUACUACUGUGUAUCCCGAAUAUGCAUGGGCGCGGUGGAAUUCGUGAUACAUGGUGCGCAAAUUAUCGCCAUUUUCUCACUUGUAUCACUUAUUUCACUGUACUCUUUGUAACGAAGACAUAAUACGUUAUUCGUCAAAUAUUUAGGUAUUGACGCGAUACUGAUCUCUGCUAUAAUUUCACUAUUGCGUCAGUAUUUAAGUGUGAUUACUUAAUAGUAUACGUUCCUACAUAGCUAGCUUCCCGCCGUUUUUAGCCAUUAGCAGUAUCCGCAAUAUCAGAUGUACAGGUUUGUUCUCAAUGCUAUCCUGUUUGUUCAUUUUAUUCGUGAAAUAACUGUUUUUAUGAUUAUAUUGUUAUUUCAGCGACAUACGACGCAAUGCGUUACAAUUACAGGUAACUAUAUAACAUUAUAUAGUUCAGUAGUUUGUUUAACACAUUGACUGCCAUGAUGUAGGUGUUGAAAAUUUUAUUAGGUAAAAUUUUAAUUUUUAACAAAUAUUUACAAAAAAAUUUCUAAUAAUAUGGAUAAUGGAUUUCCAUAGAAAUUUAACGUAUUUAGCUUGAGACGAUUUUUUGUCUAAGGGGGUAGAUCUAUUUUGUCAGGACUUAGAUCCCAGGUUCGUCUCACAGAGAGUAGAUCUACGGUCUUCAAUCACAACGUAUCAAGUGUCACCCACAUGUGAGUGAUAUGGCAGUCAACGUGUUAAACCAGAAGUAUACGAUCAUGUUUUUAUAUUAUUUUCUUGAUCAUGUGAUUCGUUUCCUUUUUUUCAUUAAGCUCGAUGAUCUUCCAAAGGCAGUGUAUUAUUAGCCGCAUUAUCAAUUUGUAAUACCAAACGUGUAGUUUUUACUGUGGUAUAGAGUAAGUGUUGACAAUAUUACUGGUACAAACAUCUCCGGAUGUUUAUAUUCUUAAUCGAGUCUAGAGCAAGUGAUUGAUUAUUUUUAAUUAUCGAAUCUUUUUACUGUACACUUGAAAUCUUGUUUCCUGUUAUUAAUCACUGAUCCUCGGUACCUGAUGUACCAACGUGUACUUAAUCAGGGAAGAAACAAAAGUUGGUUUAAUCUAACAAUUUUAUAACGAAUGCAAUUUUUAGAUUUUCUUUUUUUAAAUUGUACAUUUGAUUAGAGUUACUGUUUCGUUUUUAAUUGUCGAUCUGAAAGGUCUGGCGUUAUUCUUGUGAAAUAUUGUUAGAAUCUCGAAGGACAAUAAUCAAACGUCACUCUAUUUUUAAUUCUUUAUCAGGCUACAGUAUCACGAUACAAUAUUAUUGUUUUGUCAAGUGUCUCGUAAGAGAGACUGCAUUGUGAACAAACUGUCUCUUACCGAUUAAACUUCAAAGAAUUCGCUUGUACAGCGCUUAUUUCCUCUCGUCUUUAGAAUAGGAUUUUUAGAUAGCCAGCGCGAUCGUAUUUGCGAAACUGCCGUGCCUCCUGCCUCACGUACCAUCCCACUUCCGGCUUCUUUUCGAUCCAAAUUCAACUUCCGGGACAACGGUGCCUAAAAUGGUAUACUUCAAAAAGCUAAGCCUACCCGUUAGGUAUAUAUUUUGUAUAAUUCUAACUAGUGCAAUAUAGAGUUAAUCGAAUUGACAAUAGUUGCAAAUCGUUGCGGAGAAAAAUUUGUACGGAAUGUUUAGGAAAAAUUUUGUCGAAAUUUAGAAAUAUAUUUAGAAAAAUGUUAAAUGACAUAUGGAUUUAAAAAUAUUUUGUUUUUGAAUUAUUAUAGGUAACAAUUUCUCUGUUAUCUAUAAAACGAUUAUGUUAAUUAUUUUAAUCCAUCGAGUGUUUUCUUGUGAAAAUAAUUAAUAACAAAUUUUUAAUUAAAAUGCA